UCGAUUUAGAUACAUUUUCGUCAUACUUCCCCAUCCACUACCAUUACUAUUGAUAUUGACCAACUUUAGCUUACCGUUUUUUUGUGGCCUAAUUCGUUAAAUUUUACUUCUUACUUUGAGUAACAUUGCACAAUCAAUUCGUGAAAAUUACCUAUUUAACGACAAUGCGUUUCAAGUUUGGUAAUUUCGGGCGUUUGAGGCACGGUGGUAGUCCUUACGAAGACAAGCGUUGGCGUUGUUGUCUUUGUUGUCAUGUUAGGACAGGUACCAUCUUUUUAGGAGUAUGGCACCUGGCUUUGCAUAUGCUGUCACUGGCUGCUAUUGCAGUUUUGGUCUUGCACCCACAAACCAUUAACCAAAGAUCUGUUCUACGAAAUGGAAAUGGAAUGUCUUUUGCUGAAGGUGAAAUUGAUCAAGAUUUGCUGGCUGUCCUGCCAACACCACUGAGUGCGGAAAAUCAUGAAGAACCACAAGCUUUACCAUUAUCAGAAACUAUAACAGGACCAGUUCAACCAGCAAAGUCAAACACUGAUGCUUCAUCUAAACUUCUGUAUGGAUCUUUUGUUUAUAAAGAUUGGUUUGGUGAACACCCACCACCAGAUCGGCAUGUGACUUACCAGGAUUUAAAUAUUAGCAUUGGAGUUAAUUUUUGCACAUUGGGCAUCACCCUACUGAUGAUUUAUGGAGCAGUUCGAGGCAAAUCAAUUUACAUUAUGCCCUUUUUUUGUCUCCAAGCCUUUGAAUUUUUUGUUACAAGCCUGUCUGUCAUUGGCUACUUGUCUUAUGUACCUGACAUUAGACAAGUUUUGAUUAAAAGCCCAAACAUUCCUUUGAGGAACGAACUUCUCGCUAUGGAUCCACAGUGUCUCUCCCUCUUAAUUUUGGCGGGAAUUUUGCUAAUGCUAAUGGCAAAAGCCUAUUUCAUUAGCAUUGUUUGGAGUUGCUAUAAGUUCCUUACUAUGAGAGCUGAAGCCGCCCUUGAACGGGACGCUUGCAUUUCAGGUAUUGUGGAUGGGCAAAAUCUACUUGAAAUACCGUCCUCCAUUUGCUCCCCUGGCUCAGACCUGCCGGACUACGCUACAGCUAUGACGGAUCCCCGUUUCGCCAAAAAACCCAUCUAUCCAGUUCCUCCUCCGCCCUAUGCUGCUGUCGCUGAUGUUACAUCGGAUUCUGAAACAUCUGAAUCUGAGGCUGCUAACGCCGCUGUUUCACCGGAAACACCAAAACCUUGAGGAAAUUCGAAAUCGUGGAAAGGACGAACUUUUAGGACUAUGUUACAAAAGUUUGCCUGGCGAAUCCAAUGAGCAUAGUACUACCACGAAUUUACUUCUCAUAUUACCACUCCUUUUGUUAUUUCUUUUUUCUUUUUUCUCGAGGUAUUUUUAAUCAUAGAAUAAGCACGCUUUGGUUAUUAAUUAGAGUCAAGACUGCAACCGUAGAUGUUUAGGAAUGCAGGAAUUCUUUCGUCUUUUGUUGUGUAUUCUGUCUCCUAUUGAUAAAGCCCCGGUACUAUAAAGGGUGGCGACUAUCCCAUAGGUUACCAAAAGAUGCUAGAAUGUGUAUAAAUAACUUUCUUCGAUCGACGUACUUUACCUUUUCAAUAAACUUAAUAUGGCUGUAA